AUGUGGCUAUUUAAAUAUAGAAUGAUUUUCUAAUUCAUUUUCUCCUUACAUUAAUAUUUAGCUGAUAAAGUUUUACUUCCUAAAAUUAGUCAUCUAAUAAUUUUCCCUCUACUUUAUUUUUUAAUCAUAAUCGUUAUUUGCCCAAGAUCAUUACUUUAAUCCUUAAAUUUUAACACUAAAAAAUUAGCUAUACUCAUUAUCCAGGAUUUGUAUAUUGAUUAUGAUAUAAAAUUACUGAUAUUGAAGUCUCAUAUCUAAUAAGGUUUUCAUCAUUUGUAAGUUGACCAUAAAUUCAAAAAUAAAUGUUUUGAUUGGAAUUAUAAUCUGAGAAUAAAUUAACAUCCAAAAUUAAUAAGUAUCUUAGCAUAAUUUAAAUAGAUUCCCUAUGGUAAAUACUUAAUUAUAUUCAUUGUAUUGAAAUCCCCCGCCCUUUCUUAGAUAUCUCCUGCUAUAAUAAACAUGGAACCAUAAUAAAGGUAAAUUAAAACAAUAAUUAGAAUAUUUAAUACAAGGAGGUUUUGUAUUAAUAAUAUCUCUAUUAUGUAAAGAUAUCAAGUUUCCGAUCAAAUUAAGAGAUAACAGCAUUAAGGUAGUAGGAUGAUUGAUUUAUUACAAUUUCAGACCCAGAUUUAAUAAGCAGUUACUUAAAAUUAAUUAUAAGUAGAGUCUUUUAUUAAAUAACUAUUUCAUCUCUUCUAUUAGCUUCACAAAGUGUACUAUCUGAUAGGAUUAUAUAGCACUUUUGUAAUCUUCAACUUAUAAAAUUUGCUUACUGGUCCUUAUGCAUUUGCUCUAUAUUUUAAAUGUAGCAAGUAUUCUAAGUAUUUGAUUUUUUAAUAAUCUUUUACAAUAGAGGAUAUUUUCAACUCAUAGAUUUUCUCAAGCAUUAAUAUUUACUAACAAAAAUAAUAUUGA